CUCAUAUAUCUCCAAGCAGCUGUUUGUUUUUUUUUCCUCGAAAAUUUUGGAGUUCAUUGAUGUCCAAACCAUCAAAAUAUAGCCAAUACCUGAUGUUUCUACAUAUCAGCCGUGAUCCCACUUUUGUAAGCCAGAACCAAUAUAUUUUCGGAAGACGUAAAGUUUGAGAGAAAUUAAAUAUGGAGGAGAUCUCUAUGUAAUCUUGUAUGCAAAAUCAAUAUGCCAGUUUAAAUGAUUUCUCUGCCUCUUAAUUAGAUAUUUUCCUUAAUUUAACUAAAUUCCUUUUAGAAGCUAGUAUGCAUGUGGAGUAUACGCAAGUAUGUAUGAUGUGUUCUGGUUUGGAUUGACCCGAUUGAUUAAUCACAAUCCCAGUUGCUCUUUCAAAAUUCAGUUGGACUAUGGCUGCACACCUGAGGAGGUGCAACAGCAUUUUCAGUCAACUGGUACGGUAAAUAGGGUGACUAUUUUGACUGAUAAGUUCGGCCAGCCGAAAGGUUUUGCUUACCUGGAGUUUGUUGAAACUGAGGCGGUGCAGAAUGCUUUACUUCUGAAUGAAUCUGAAUUGCGUGGCCGUCAGCUGAAGGUAUCUGCUAAGAGGAAUAAUGUUCCUGGGAUGAAACAAUAUCGAGGAAGACGUCCCAACCCUUAUUAUGGAUCAAGAAGGUCGUUCAUGCCUGGUCCACCUAUGUACCCUCCCUAUGGUUAUGGGCAAGUACUAGGGUUUAGUUUUUUUGGCUUUCACCCAUAACAAUGAAAUGAUGAGAAAAUGGAUUCUUUUACACGUUGAGGCUUGGGCUUGAAGCUUUUGAUACUUAAUAAUCAUGGUAUUUUGCAUAUAUAAAUAAGAAUCUUUCUGGUACUUGGAUUAGCGAAGAUAUCUGUUUACUCUUAAUUUUUUCUGGGGCAAAAAUAACUUAGUUCUUUACUUGGAAUAAAAUUGUACCAUUGGAUUAACAUUUCUUAAUUUGUGGUUUAAUUAGAGAUUCUGAUUUCUUCUCAUAUGUAGGAGGGUUCCAAGGUUUAGACGUCCUAUGCUCUACAGGCCAUAUUAACGAAUCUUGAUCGUCGUCUAUUGUUGUUCUAUAGAUACUGGAUGGUCGAUUAAGAAACCCUCGUUCCUCCAUAUUGUUAUUUUAGGGAUUUUUUGGUGAUAAGUACCAUUACAUGCAUUCCAAAAGGACAUAAAUUAGAUUCUUAAAUUUUGUAACUUUAUUUAGGCAUGUUAUUGUGCUAUUUAACUACAGCAGUUUACAACUUAAAUUUGGACAUACUGUUUUUUGUUAUCAUU